AUGGAAAAAACUAGCUUAUUGGUUGAUCCCAAUCCUUGUACUGAAGGAAUCAGUAAAAUGACAACUUUGUCGCCCGCUAACAAAUAUGUGCAGGAGUUUACACCAGAUUACAAAAGAGCUCUUAACAAAGAAGCUGAAAGAUUUUAUCUAAUCUACAAAGGACCCCAUGCCGGUGUUCAUACUGACUGGGGAAUUACAGAAACCUUCUGUAAAGUUGAUAAAGUUACUUGCAAAAAAUUCAGAAAUGAAGCAUCUGCAAGAUUAAGCCUUGCCACUUAUCAAGACGAUACAAGCAAGACUAACCAACCACUUCUUCGACCAAAAAUUCAAAAAGUCAAAGAAGCCCACAGAGACCAAAGGUUUGACAUUCAACAAAUGGUUAACUAUCCUGAAAUCUCUUUUGAAGAUUUCAGAACAAUCUGGAAGAAAGCAAGAGCUGCAUGCCCAGAAGACCUUGUUCAUGAAAAGUUUUUCACUACAGACAAGAAAACAAAAAGUCUGUUCAACUUCCUCGAAGGAGCAGAUGCAAAAUUAGUCUACCAAGCCUUUCAAGCUGGACUAAUCGACAAUAUCUACCCAAGUUGCAACCUUCAAGAACACAAAUUCUUCCCAAGCAGCAUGGUAGAAUCCAUUAAGAACUUUCGAAAGAAAGUACUUAAAGCAAAAGAUAAUCCGAUCUACAUCAGAUGCAUCUCUUCACUCCCAGAAUGGAUUCAAGAAUCAACUCUUUCUCCAUACCACUUUCAGGAAAUUGGUCUUUCUAAAGCCAAUAGAGAAAUUGAACAAUCUCAACCAAUGGAAGAUAAAGAUCUACCUUUCACCGAAAUUCUUCAUCCCCAUCGCAUCAAUGGUUUAAGAAGAAUAUCAGAUAAAAUCAUUGAGAUUAUCUCUGGUUCAAAAAAGAAGAUUAAUUAUACUGACUCGCAUUGUAUAAUUACAAGCAGGAGUUACAACAACACCAGCCAAGAAGAUCUUCGUCAAGCCUCCAAGUUUGGCGAAAAAUUCAUGAAAAAUAGCAUGGAAGUAUCCAAUGCUACACGCCAACACUUCUGCCGAACUUGGAGGCCAUGA